ACCGUAGACCACCCGAGUGAGGGUCCAGACCAACACACCUCUCCUUCUCCAUCCCAGCUCCCCCUUCACUUCGCAGUUUGCAUUGUGUAGAACUGUGUCGUUUAACUCCUCCCCUCCUGAUCCUCUCUCCCCUUGUUGUCCUCUCUGCCACUCAGUCUACUCCUCUCAUCCUGUCUGCUGAAAGUUGGUGAAGCUGCUGUGAGACGCUGCAACCAUGGCUGCUAUUGGAUCUUACCGUAUGGUGUCCGAGGAGGAGCAGGCCAUGAGGUCUAAACUGGAGCAUUUGACAGUGAAGGAUCAUGGGCCAGUGUUUGGGCCGUGCCACAAACUGCCUGGACACACUGCACAAAAGGCAAAGGAUGAGCUGAGUGAGACAGAUGAGAGGCGGGCGUCAACACUGAAGAACCUGCGAGUCAUGAUGAAGGAGAGAGCAGCGGAGGGAGACGAUUUGGCCAAACUGGUGCUGGACCACUUCGGGGACAAACCGGACUCUCUGAUCCUGCGUUUCCUUAGAGCUCGCAAGUUUGAUGUUGUCAGAGCCCACGAGCUCAUGAAGGGUUAUGUGCGCUUCAGGAAGGAGUAUCCCGAGCUGUUUGAGAAUCUGACCCCAGAGGCGGUCCGCAGCACCAUCGAGGCGGGCUACCCUGUGGUACUGCCAACGAGGGACAAGCAUGGCCACGUAGUCCUGCUCUUCAAUAUCGAGAACUGGGACCUGGAGGAGAUCACAUUCGAUGAGAUCUUAAGAGCUUACUGUGUGAUUUUGGAGAAGUUGCUGGAGAAUGAGGAAACCCAGAUCAAUGGCUUUGUCCUGAUUGAGAAUUUCAAGGGCUUUACCAUGCAGCACGCCUCAGGAAUAAAGCCGACUGAGCUCAAGAAGAUGGUGGACAUGAUGCAGGACUCUUUCCCUGCGCGUUUCAAGGCGGUCCACGUUACUCACCAGCCCUGGUACUUCACCACCACAUACAACGUGGUCAAACCCUUCAUGAAGAGCAAGCUGCUGGAGAGGGUCUUUGUUCACGGCGACGAGCUCGACAACUACUUCAAAGAAUUCGACGCAGACAUCCUGCCAGCAGAGUUCGAUGGCAAAGCCUCUGCUGCAGCCUGCCAGGCCAUCGCCACCAAGCUUUUUGGCUCCGAAGACACUGCUCUCUGAAAGAACACCCACUCCCAUUUCAAACCCAAGAGUUAUAGAGUGUCCUUCACCCUAGAUGCUUCUUUUGUGAUCAGAUCCGGUCUAUUUUGAAGCUAGGUUGACAUUUUGUAUUAUUAUGCGGGCAGUUCCUAUGAGCAAAAAGAAGUAUCUAGAGUUAGGAGCAUGGAAUGAGUUGCCAAUGAGUAAAUAUAUGGUGAUAUGAAUAGGAAA